GAGAGAGAGAUCUUCCAUCUGCUCGCUUACUCCCCAUAUGGCUGCAACAGCCUGUACUGGGCCAGGCCUAAGCCAGGAACCAGGAGCUUCUUCUUGGUCUCCCUUGUGGAUGCAGGGGCCCAAGCAUUUGGGCCAUCUUCUACUGCUUUCCCAGGCACAUUAGCAGGGACCUGGAUUGGAGGUGAAACAUCGGGGACUCAAACCAGCACUCUUAUGGGAUGCCAUCACUGCAGGCUGCUGCUUUAACCCACUGAGCCACAGUGCUGGCCCCCAUAAAAUGAAAUAAGUUUUAAAAAUGUUUUAAAUGCACAAAGUAGGAAAACGGUUUGUUGUUUGUACCACUACAAGCACCCAAGCCCACAAGAAUCUUCAAAAAAAGAAAUACGGCAACCUCCAGCUCCAAAUCAGCAGGUUUGGUGAUGAGGAACAUCAUAGUUCCUGAAUUAACUCCACAUGCUGCCUGGGAUGUUAUCAUUUAUUCAGUGAUUUGCUAGGUGCCAGGAACUAUGUUAAACCCUUUCCCCCAAUAUGUACUUGUUAAGUUCUCACAACUAUUAUUUGCAAUAGAUACUAUUAUCCCUAAAGAUGAAGAAACAAAAGCACAAAAAACAUGACUUGUCCCAAAUCACCCAACAAGUAUUGUAAAUGGUAUUGAACCUGAGCAAUCUAUAAAAGCUUGUAGUCUUAACUAUUCACUAUACUGCUAACAUAAUUUAGGAUAGCAGCAGGGAUUAAGGCUCAACAGGAAAAAUACACUUGAAAGAAGGCAUAAUCCACAUAUAUAGUCCAACCUUAAGAGAAGAAAAUCAAGAUUACAGAUGAAAGUGGAGUAAGAUACAGAGUCUGGACCUUGACGCCCUGAUAAUCUGGUUUGAAAGGUAGGGUUUGUGUCUUCAUCAUUUUGCACCUAGCACAAAACUGGAUCCAUAAUCAAAAGACAUUACCGAAUUGAAUGAUGGCUGAGUAACAUCAUCUUUCUGGAAAGGACUGGCUCAUUCGUCAUUAACCACAAGGUUCCCAACGGCAAUGCUGCUUAUCUAGCAGGUGUUGGCAGUCACAGAGGACAUGGUUGGUGGGGAGAGAGUAUGCUAAGAGUUGUCAAUAUUAGUCUUAGAGUUCUGUUUAUUUGCACAGGCUCCUCAAACCUCCCCUAGCCUUGGUUACCAGUCCUUUAUUAAGGCCCACUGAUACUAGUCUCUACUCCUGUGCCCAGGUAGAAAGAUCCUCCAGGCACCUCAUGCACUCUCAGAGAAAAGCUAACCUCUUGCAGAUGGUAUUGGGUGUUGCUCCCCACCCACCAACUUGACUCUGUUCCUGGAUUCUUGAUCCAUUCCUUGGGGGAUACUAGUAAUAGAGAGGCACCCCUCCUAUGCAAACUUGGCUUGGUUGCUGGAGAAGAGGCAAGGCAGAAUGGAUACCCCUUGACAACUUCACAUCUUUUUUGGUUCAUGAGCCUCAGCCCUUCCCUAGCAUCCCAACCACCUAGUUACCUUUUGUUUUGUAAAUUCCUCUUUCCAGAGGGGAGGGGCAAGAGGGGGCUGUUUGCUCUCCAGCUUCAGAUUGCCUAACCUUACUGAGAGGGAGGGGCUUGAGAAAGGUACAUAGAGAUAGGGUGGCGCUGGGGAACACAGGCCCUUGUGCAGUAGCUCGGCAGCCAGAUGUUCACUUUCACAGCUCUCCUAUAAAACCGGCAGGGCAGAUAUAGAUUAAAAUGAAGCACAAACUCCAUUUAAAGUGCAUUACAGCUCAGGAACCAGCUCCCCUUGGGCAGGAGAAGGGAGGGAAGGGCACAGAGGCCACAUCAGUCUCCUUCCUUAUCUAGGGCCACAUGUCUCUCUAGUAGCUUUGUGAAGGGUGAUUUACACCCCUGGCUGGAAUGACUCUCUUUCUGGGCUGAUUACAUCGGCAAAUGCCCCCGAGAGGCCACAGCAGGAUGGCCGUAUUCAGAAGCAGCAGCCAAUAAAUCUCUGAGGUUUUUAUUGAGCUUCUCAAUACCCUCCCUCCUGGCCCUCUGCCAGGCAGGCUGUGGAAGUAAGGAGGGGCCCAAGUUGAAGGGUUGGGGGAUGAAACCCUACACCUCUUUCAUCCUCCUCUUGUCUUUCUGUGCACUGUCUGGUUUUCAUUCUUCCAAGUCAUUCUUGCCUCUAUAUUUACCCUCUGAGCUGGUGGUAAUCAGGCUCAUGGUUAAUAAAUACCCUUUUCCAUAUGGGUAGACAUCAUGAAUUCUGGGCACAGUGGUGUCUCUACCUUAUUGUUUAAUACUGGUAGAACAGCUUGCUCUCUGAAAUUGUCUUCAACCAAAAAUAACGGCUCCUAAAUGGUCUUAGUGGUCACCUUCCUCAGUGCCCUUGUCUUUGGUCCAGGGAAAUCUGUGCUAUUUAGUCUCAGGGAUUUAACCCAGCCAUCUUCCCUCCUGAUACCCAAGGAGCUGAAUUUUGGUGUCUAGACUGACAAAGCUCCUGGGCUUUGGCCCCAGGUCUGUUCCCAGAAAAGUCAUUUUACCUGUCUGGGACCCAUUUUUGCAGAAUCUCGGGGUUAAUCUGAAGCUUACUCUUGAACAUAUUUAUGAAGGGAAAAAUGAGAUCACAGUUGUGCAAACUCUAAGAAAAAUACUAGAAGUGCAAGUGCCUUUGCAUUGAUUUGUUCAAGAGUUGGUAAACGAUUUUGUUUGUGGUAGUUGCAGUCAUUCCCGGGGUGGAGCUGGGGAUUGGAAAGUGAGAAAGACUUUUUUUUUUUUUUUUUUUUUGAGAAGUAUUUGCGAGUGUCCAGGAGCAGUUUCCACCGCCUCUUGCUGAGCGAAGUUAGCAGCGGGAGUGCAGCAGGUGGGCAGACUCGAGCGCGGCACCUAUUUCUGCCCCAAACCCCAGCCGCUCCUGGGGCGCGCGCUCGGGGCAGCAUUAGAGGCGGUGUGGUGCGCGCGCGCCUGAGAGUUGGAGGGCGGCGCCCAGGACCCUGGUGGGCGAGUGUCAGCGCUGCACGGGAAGGGGCGGGAGGUGCCGGUGGGAGGCGCCGGUCCUGGGGCCCAGGGAUCGCUGAGCUCCAGCAAGAAGAGCGUUGAGCCUGUUGCCCGGAACAGGGCUGAACGGUCCGGGGCAGACACCAGGCGCUGCACCCCCAACAUGAUGCGUCCCAGCAACCUGCGACCCGUGCCGCUAGUGGUCCUGCUGCUGCCGUUGCUGCUGCCUCUCGGAGCCGGUGACUACGAGCUGGAUGUCUCCCCCUAUGAAGACACGGUGACCAGCAAACCCUGGAAAAUGAAUCUCAGCAAACUGAACAUGCUCAAACCAGGCUCAGACCUCUGUCUCAAGUUCGCCAUGCUGUGUACUCUUAAUGACAAGUGCGACCGGCUGCGCAAGGCCUAUGCGGAGGCUUGUUCGGGGCCCCGCUGCCAACGCCUCGCCUGCCUGGAGCAGCUGCGUGCCUUCUUUGAGAAGGCGGCAGAGCCCCACGCUCAAGGCCUGCUGCUGUGCCCGUGCGCGCCCACCGACCUUGGCUGCGGGGAGCGCCGCCGCAACACCAUCGCCCCCAGCUGCGCGCUGCCACGUGUGGCCUCCAACUGCCUGGAGCUGCGGCGCCUCUGCCUCUCGGACCCACUGUGCAGAUCACGCCUGGCAGAUUUCCAGACCCACUGCCAUCCCAUGGAUAUCUUGGGGACUUGUGCAACAGAGCAGUCCAGAUGUCUACGAGCAUACCUGGGGCUGAUUGGGACUGCCAUGACCCCCAACUUUGUCAGCAACGUCAAUACCAGUGUUGCCUUAAGCUGCACCUGCCGAGGCAGUGGCAACCUGCAGGAGGAGUGUGAGCGGCUGGAAGCAUCCUUUUCCCACAACCCCUGCCUCACGAAGGCCAUGACAGCUAAGAUGCGUUUUCACAGCCAAUUCUUCUCCCAGAAUGGGGCGGACUCUACCUUUUCCGUGAUGGAACACCAGGCAGAGUUGGACAGUGAGAGAGAAAGACAGAGAGAAAGGUCUUCCUUCCGUUGGUUCACCCCCCAAAUGGCUGCUACGGCUGGUGUGCUGCGCCGAUCUGAAGCCAGGAGCCAGGCACUUUCCUCCUGGUCUCCCAUGCAGGUGCAGGGGCCCAAGCACUUGGGCCAUCCUCCACUGCCUUCCUGGGCCACAGCAGAGAGCUGGACUGGAAGAGGAGCAACCGGGACUAGAACGCGGCGCCCAUAUGGGAUGCCGGCACUGCAGGUGGAGGAUUAACCAAGUGAGCCAUGGGCGCCAGCCCUGUGUCUUAGCUCAGUUUUAAAGCAGUGAAGGAGGUAACCGGGGAUAGGAUAUACUUAGGAGCUGCUGGAGUGGUGGGUGGAAUAGGCCAGCCUCACCGAGCAUUCUUGUAUUCCCAUAGCCUGCCAAGCCCCAGGAAAUGCUCAGCCAAGCUGACUCCCUGCAAACUCCAGAGGUACACUGGGUCGACCUUCCUUCCUCCUCCCUCCCAGAAAGAUCUCUGAGCAGUCAAGGCUCCUCCAUUUGCCUUGGCUCCAUUAGGCUGGGGCUGGGGGUGUGAAUGGUACAGACAUUCCUUGCUAAGUGCUUGAAUUAGACUAAUAGGUCAUCUAUGCUUUUCUCUGAAGAGGGUCCAAAUUCCUGGUAAACAAUCAGACUACUCUCGCAGCCCAGGGACCAGAGCCAAGACCUGGAGUGGGGGCACAAUGACUGGGCUAAAGCUUUAAAUGGUGUUAUGGCUGGCUGAGAUGGUUAAUGCCAUUAGUGUAGCUUCUGGGUGACAAGGUGGGAAGGGCUACUGCAGCUUUGGUAAAUGGAGAGGGCUGAAUUACAGUCUGGAGUAGAAAGGCUGUCUUUUAAACAACUGUCUCCAAAUUCAAUCAUUCAUUCAUUCAAUAAACCCUUGUUGUUGUUUGUUGUUUUAUCAUUCAGUAAACCUUUAAUAACCGGUG